UUUGAUUUCUUAUUUAACUGUUUCACCUUUACCCUUAUUUAAAUUGAAUUGUUUAAUUAUGUUUCGUCUCAUUGACAAGUUUAUUGUUAAGUUAAUAGAAUGGAUAAGAAACAUUUUGGUGUCUCUUUCUAUAGUGAACCUCCUAAGGGAAUAGUAAAAUUUGACAAAGUGAUUGAAUUGGUUAAUGAGAGACUUCAUAUUCUUAAAGUAUUGGUUUCCAAUAAGGAAGAUUAUUCAACAAUUAAGGGUAAUCCAAAUUACUAUACACUGUUAAAACAUAAUAUCUUUGACGCUGGUGGUUGUGAUGGUGACAAUUUCUUUAAAAUUUUAACAACUAAUUUCGGUUCCUGGUGAAGUAAAGAGGAAGCCUAUCAACGAGAUGAGGUCUCACAUUUUUUACUUCGAUUAUUUUAUUGUAAAGAUGAUCAAUCAACUCGAUGGUUUAUUGAUGUUGAAUGUGAAUUACUGAGAUUCCGUUUAAUGGAAGAAGGUGUUAGACAUCAGAUUACCAACUUUGUUCGUCUUCAUAAUCUUGUCGAAUAUCAAGAGUUUGAAUUGAAAGGAGACGUUGAAUAUUAUCGUUCCAGAUUUAAUUCAGCGAACAGGACAAAAGAUGAGAUUCUUUGUUAUAAUAGUUUGGUCUAUUAUCUUGAGCAAACGGCUGAUGACAUUGAAGAAGAUGAAUAUGGAAUCAAGUUUAUGAAAUAUACUCGAAGACCUAAGAUGAUGUUUAAAGUGAAAUUUGAAGAUGCCCUUGAGUAUAUUUCUAAUCGACGGGCUGCCCCUUGUGGUGGUUAUAUCUUAAUUCCUGGGAAUAGGAUGAUACCGAUUAUCUGUCAACGUUGGAAAGCCGAGAUGUACCGAUGCAUGAAAAUACUAAGAGAAACUCGAGGUGAGCAAAUGAUUGGAACCGAAAUGAUGCCAACGAUAUCGGAUUAUCAUGAUCGUAUUAUUGGAUCAAUAAAUUCGGUACGAAGAUAUUUACCCACUGGUGAAGGUAGAAUGACACCUUUAGAACUUGUUAAUGUCCUGAAAGAACAAUCAUUUCCACCCUGUAUGAGUCAUGUUCACAAUAGUUUAAUGCAAAAUCAUCAUUUGAAACACUUCGCUCGUCUUCAAUAUGCACUUUUCCUUAAAAGUUUGGGCUUUCGAUUACAAGAGACUAUGGAAUUAUUUCGACAACAAUUUAGCCAUCGGAUGACUGAUGCUCGAUUCGAUUCUAAGUAUGGUUACUUUUUCCGUUAUAUUUAUGGUACAGUUGGAAAAAAGCGUAGCCUAAGUUGCUACAGUUGUAAGAAAAUAAUCGACUCCAUCAGCACCGGACCACAAGAUUGUCAUGGUUGCCCUUUCAAGCAGUUUUCUUCCGACAAAUUGAUCGGCUUUCUGUCUCAACAAAAGCUACCUGAAAACGGAAUCACCUCGAUAAUUAGUAAAUCAGGUGAACGCGAAUACCGGUCAGCCUGUACAACCUUUUUCCACCUAAAGAAUCCCAAUUCUGAUCUAAAGGAGAUAAUCUAUCAUCCAACUCAAUUUUUCCAGGCGAGUCGAAAGGCGAUCGCUAGAAGAUCAAUCCAAUGAAAUCACCACAAAAAUCAUCCAAAAUGAACGAUAAUUAUUUUCAUGACAAUUCUAAAAAAUGAUCAACAGUUUUUUGUUCUCGAAAAAGUUUUUCCAUUAUAACUUUCUAACCAAUUGAUUUUAAGGGAAAGCAAAUUAUUCAAUCGUUGACAUGGAAAAACAAAGAGAACAGAAAAUUAUUUCUUAUGAACAAAUAAUAUUCAUGAGAAAUUGUAAUAAAAGAAAACAGAAAAUUAUUA